AUGGCCAAGCACCACCGCACGCCGGCGCGCUCCGCCGAGCCCGUCAUCGAGGUCAAGAGCAAGUUUGACGCCGAAUUUCGCCGUUUCGCCAUGAAGCGCUCUGGUGCGGGCAGUUUCCAGGACUUCUACCGCCUGCUGCAGACGGUGCACCAGAUCCCACGGGUGGACGUGCUCCUGGGCUACACGGACGUCCACGGCGACCUCCUGCCCAUCAACAACGACGACAACUACCACAAAGCCCUGUCCUCCGCCAACCCCCUCCUCAGGGUCAUCAUCCAGAAGAAGGCAGAGUCUGACGCCAGCGUCUUCGCCUCAAACUCCUUGCAGCGGAAGAAGAAGGGGCUGCUGCGCCCCGCGCACUACCGGGCCAAGCCUCACCUCCUCAUCGGCAUGCCUCAGGACUUCCGCCAGAUCUCCUCCAUCAUCGAUGUGGACAUCCUGCCCGAGACCCACCGCCGUGUGCGGCUCCACAAGCACGGCUCCGACAAGCCGCUGGGCUUCUACAUCCGCGACGGCGUCAGCGUGCGCGUGGCCCCACAGGGUGUCGAGAAGGUGCCCGGCAUUUUCAUCUCCCGCCUGGUGAAGGGCGGCUUGGCCGAGAGCACGGGGCUGCUGGCGGUGAGCGACGAGAUCCUGGAGGUCAACGGCAUCGACGUGGCUGGCAAGUCCCUGGACCAGGUGACGGACAUGAUGGUGGCCAACAGCCACAACCUCAUCAUCACCGUCAAGCCGGCCAACCAGCGCAACAACGUCAUCCGCAGCAGCAAGGCCUCGGGCAGCUCGGGCAUGUCCACGGACAGCACCCCCAGCCAGCAAACCCCCAGCCCGGCCUCGCAGUACCUGAGCAACUACAGCACGGCCGAGAGCGACGAGGAGGGCGACCUGGUCAUCGAGAGCGACAGCGCGCCGCACUACGUCCCCGGGGGCUGCCCCAACGGGGGCCCCGCGGAUGGACCCCUCCAGCGGAGCCUGUCCCCGCACAGCUCGCGGGGCUCCCUGCAGUCCUUCGGCAGCCACGACGGCAGCCCCGGCCGGGGCAGCGGGCGGGAGGACGGCACCCUCCUCACCCUAUAGCCGCGGGGUCCCGCGCCACCCUUGGCGGCCGACCGGGUUU